CGUGUCCCUGUGUCAGUCAGCUGUGGGAGGCAGAAGAGCAACUUCCUAGCAAGAGGCUAGUGACAUUAUCAUCAGAAUAUUACAAACAAAAACCUGUUCAAACUUCAAACCCAAUUCUUGAUUCUCGGUGUCCCUUCAGAUAUAUUUUAUUUAACCAAAUUAUACUAGAGAAAAAAGAUUAACUGCACAUUAAUUUCUCGAUAUUGUUAUUCCUCAUCCAUCUCCAAUCCAGUACUUUCAGAGCCCAUAACCUGCCAAAUGGGAAAACUAACAGCAAAAUUCAUCGCCGCCGUCUUUGUAGUUUGCUUGUUUUUAGCCAUUGUUUCAGCUCAGAAACUCGAUACCUUCAGUCGAGAAUAUGGGCCUUUCAAUGAAACACACUUCGAUAUUUUUGAGGUUGAAAGGCCUGCUACUAUUAGCAAUGAUGCCCUUCAGGUGACUCCAGAUUCAGCUUCGUCGGAUUUCAAUCUGACUUAUAAUUCAGGCAGAAUCCUCUACAAACAGCCCUUUAAGCUCUGGGAAGGUGAUAUUGCAUCAUCCAGAGAAAACCCGGUUGCAUCUUUCAACACUUCCUUUCUUAUCAAUGUUUACCGGCCAAAAAAUGAAACUCCCGGCGAAGGUUUGGCUUUCUUGAUCGCGCCCGAUUUAAACUUGCCGCCCAACAGUUACGGUGAGUUUCUGGGCCUUGCGAAUGCCACUACCGACGGGAACGACACCAAUCACCUGGUUGCGGUGGAGCUUGACACCUUCAAACAGGAUUUUGACCCUGAUGACAAUCAUGUAGGUAUCGACAUCAAUGGCGUCAGAUCUUUAAAAACUGAAUCUUUAACACCCCACAAUAUCACAAUAGCUCCAGAGGGUGCUAAGUUUUACAACGUGUGGGUGGAUUAUGAUGGUGUUAGGAAGUUCCUUGCAGUGUACAUAGCAGAACAGGCUGAGAAAACUGGCCCUUCUCCUCCCAAGCCUAGCUCGAGUGUUAUCAGUGCAAAUCUGAAUCUGCGAGAUCAUCUAAAUCAGUUUUCAUAUUUCGGGUUCUCUGCAUCUACAGGGAAUGCUACACAACUGAACUGUGUGUUGAGGUGGAAUUUGACUAUCCACUACUUUUCAGAGCAAAAACAGCCAUGGUUGAAGAUAACUUUAGGAGCUGGAGUGCCUAUUUUGGUGCUCCUGAUAAUGGGAGCAGUGGGAUUUGGAUACUAUUUACGCAAGCGGCGAAUGGCACAUUGUAAUUCGAACUUGGCAGGGGCUCUCAAGAGUCUUCCCGGUACACCUCGAGAGUUCAAAUUCAUGGACCUGAAAAGGGCUACAAACAGUUUUGACGAGAAGAACAAGCUUGGACAAGGAGGAUAUGGAGUUGUAUACAAAGGGUUUCUGGCUAACGAGAAUCUGGAGAUUGCCGUCAAGUGGUUUUCCAGGGAGAGUAUCAAGGGACAAGAUGAUUUCCUGGCUGAACUUACCAUCAUUAAUCGCCUUCGCCAUAAACAUCUUGUUAAACUUCUGGGAUGGUGCCACAAGAACGGGAAGCUUCUUCUAGUGUAUGAAUACAUGCCGAAUGGAAGCCUAGACAAACACCUGUUUUCAGAGCCCAACAUAGAGCCACUUGGAUGGAGUCUUCGAUAUAAAAUAGUUUCUGGGGUAGCCUCAGCCUUGCAUUAUCUCCAUAACGAGUAUGAGCAGAGGGUGGUACACAGAGAUCUUAAAGCUAGCAACAUCAUGCUCGACUCCGACUUCAAUCCCCGUCUAGGAGACUUUGGCCUUGCAAGGGCGCUCGACAACGGCAAGACCUCAUAUGCCGAGGCUGAGGGAGUGCUGGGCACAAUGGGAUACAUUGCACCUGAGUGUUUCCACACUGGAAAAGCCACACAACAGUCUGAUGUCUUUGCAUUCGGGGCGGUCUUGUUGGAAGUGGUAUGUGGUCUACAUCCCGGAACCAAGAUUGCUGGCUUCCAGUUGUUGGUCGACUGGGUUUGGUUCUUGCAUCGUGAUGGGAGCUUACUCGAAGCAGUAGAUCAGAGAUUGUGUGACGAAUUCGUCGCAGAAGAAGCCGAGAGGAUUCUGCUGCUGGGAUUGGCCUGUUCACAUCCUAUUGCUACUGAAAGGCCUAAAACACAGGCUAUACUUCAAAUUAUCUCGGGAACAGUGCCAGUGCCGAAUGUUCCACCGUUCAAGCCGGCUUUCAUGUGGCCGGCUGCCGGGCACACGGAUUUCGAUUCGAGUUCAGUCAAUACGGCAUCAAUUACAACUUCACAUUUCGGUUCUGGUUGGAGUGCACAGGAUCUUAGCAGGGAGAACUAUACUAGAAACACAGACUCUUUGGUGUAGUUUCUUUUAGAAAAAAACUAAUAUUACCAAGUGCAUUCUGUUUUCCUUUUCCCUCUAAUUUCUUAUUUUCAAUUUUGUUGUUGUAGUUCCAUUUGUUGGAUAUCCUGUUCUUUGGAGUCUGUUGUCGUCUUUUUUAAUUGGAUUUGUUCAUUAAAAGAAUGAAUGGAAGGAGGAAUAGGCAGUGUACAUUGAUAUUGGUGGUGUCAUACAGUUGUAUUUGUUGUAAUUGAAUGUUACACCUAUAAUGGAAGGAGAAAUAUUAAUCUGA